GUAUCAGUUCAGUUGUAAGCGGUGUCCUCGCAUCGCGAGACGCGUCCGCUAUAAUACGAGAUAUCGUGACUGUUUUAAUACAAGUGCAUUUCUUUUCUCACUUUGUUUUGUGUCAUGGCGAAGGAUAAAAAAUGGCAGCUGCUACUGGAUUUAAUCGUGUUAGCGUGCGUGUGCGUCCCACUACUAGUGUUAACGCAAUCGCAAUGGGCCCACCCGUUCGAGCGUGGUUUCUUCGUCCAUGAUGACUCCAUACGGCUGCCGUUUAUGCAGCAAAGUGUCACAGAAGUCGUCCUAGGUUUCGUCGGCUUGACACUGAAUAUAGCUACAAUAUUGAUAAUCGAGUACCUACAAAACCGGAGGGAUAAGAAUCCUAACCAGAAGUACCUCUUCGGUUUCACGGUACCAGCGUGGAUGUGGCAGAGCUACACUACCAUAAGAACGUUCAUGUUUGGCGCCUUGUGCCAACAGCUGCUGACCAAUUUGACCAAAUAUGUCGUCGGGACGCUUAGGCCACAUUUUAUGGAUGUAUGCCGUCCCGAAUACAACGAGACGUUGCCAGCGAACGCGCUGGGCUACAUACAGGUCUACACUUGCGCCACCCGACUCGAUCCCGCCUACCAACCCUACCUCAAAGACAUGCGGCUUUCCUUCUUCAGCGCUCACUCCAGCUUCGCUAUGUAUGCGGCGGUGUUUUUCAUUGUUUACAUCCAAUGUAAAGGCAAAUGGCGCGGCUCUAAGCUGCUUCGUCACGCUGUCCAAUUCUUCGCAUUGAUGGGAGCCUGGUAUGUGGGGAUGACGCGCGUGGUAGAAAACUUCCACCACUGGAGCGACGUUGCUGUAGGCUUCAUUAAUGGCGCCAUCUUUGGACUUUUGGUGGUAAUUUAUAUCCUAAAGCCCACUAAACGCCUGCCCGUGACCUGGCAGGACGCGCAGGGGAGCACGCUCCCGGUCGCGCGGUGACGCCCGCGGCGCCAGCGGUUCCGACUUCUGGUCGUGCUGCAGUUCAUACUGAUGACGAUACUUAAUAAAUGAUACCUAGUAUAAAUUUAUAAUCUAAACUAACUUUUUGUAGCUUGUGACAGUUGUUCGACCGGUGCAGUAGUAAGUGAGAAGCGAUGCGAUGAGUGACUUUUUUUCUUUGUCCCCCUCAGAAAACUUACUCGCAUCCUUGCUCGCAGGCAGUGUUAACGGAUUCGUUGUGCAAGACAACUAUACGUAGUACGUUCAUUGCGCUAUAUAAAAAAUAGUCCAUCGCUAUAGUCUACCGCCAGAUAUCUGCCAAAAACUGUGUGAAUCAAUUCACACUCCGGCAGUGUUAGCAGCCAACAUUUGUUGUGAAAGACAUCUACCUAUACCCAAGUAUCUACAAAUAUAGUUAUGGCAGGUGUUAAGAGGAAAGGGGACGAUCGAUUCUCCAUACAAACGUAGUCCUCAUUUUCCCCCCUGGAUAUCGCUAUCACUUUAUGGAAAUAUUUUAACAGAAUUUUAGGUAUUAUACCUACUAUAACUCUUAUAAUAAUGAAAAAAUCUAAAAUGAAGCUAUGAUUAAAAUACAUAAAAUUGUAUUAAAAUAUUUUCAAUAUCCAGAAAUUUAAUUCUAAAUUCUCUUUUUUGUAUGAGUCCAGUCCAGUGACAUGUACAUAUGCCAUACGAUAAAUAAAUAAUAAAUAUCCAGAGAGGAAAAUGGGGACUACGUUUGUAUGGAAAGGCGGUUUCGUCUUAAUUGUGAUGGGUUCUAUAUCUAAUUAAAUGUACUUUCCUAGCGCGAAAACAGUCAGUCGCUGUCUCGCUGUAUAAUCUGUUGAUUUCUUCCGCCGCCGGAUAACUGCCAAAAACUAUGAAAAUGAGAAUAGAUUCAGUCAAAAUAGCAAUAAUUAACUACUACGCCCAUGACACGUAAUAAGUUGCAGAUAGUGUCAGAAACAUAACUGUGAAGAUAGGUACAUUAGCAUUACUAAAAUAUGACGAGGACAUUAGUUAGUAUCAUCUUUGUUUAUUUUAAUUGUAUAAUAAUCAACAAAACCGAUAGUUAAAAGUUUAUUUAAGUAUUGUCCUGCAGGUAGUUUUAUCGAUGUGUUUGAACAUUCUGGCGCCUAAAGAAAAACAACAAGCAGUAAGUAGUCCAUAGUGUUCAUUUUAAUAACAUUUGUUAUUGUAAAUUUAAAAGUGGAAAAAAGAGGCCAGAGGCCGUGCGUUCAAGUCUUACCCAAAGCAGUAAUUUUUCCACUUUUAAAUUUAUUCUAAGCUUAAUAGCAUCGUUCGCAGACGUUUCUGCUUGUUAAAAAUAAUUUGUUAUUGUGAGAAGAUAAUAAUGUUUGUACAUAUUUUUAAGAGUGUGACGCAUAAUUUAGCUAUUACUGAAUAUGACCUACUGUAAAUAUGUGCUUUAUUAUGUUUAUUUUAGUCAGAUUUUUUGUACAACACUAGGAUACAAUUUUUUAAAUAUUUGGGAGUCAAGCUAACGCAAAUUUUGAUGAGUUCAUUAGGCCAGGAAAUUAAUGCCCAAAAAAAGUUAUAGAGGGAAAUGCUUGGAACACAAUUUUUGACUUCGUAGCUUUGUUUGGACUAGUUAGGAGGUGAACAUAUCAAAAGCUAUAAAGUCAAAAAUUGUGUUCCUAGCAUUUACCUCUAUACCUUCUUAUUGCUUGGCCUACAUUCGCGUUACGAGUAAUAAUGAUUUUACGACUUUCGCGAUUCUUACGCAUUAUUAAAUUAUAAAACGGGACUUAAUCGCGUCCCGUCGGAGGUAAAUCUUAAAACUUAAUUUCUAAUUAGGAACAAUUUGACAAUAAAGAUUUUACAGCACUUAACGCGAACCAAAAUUUACCUAAAUUGUAGCUUGAUUUACUUGAUAAGUUAUUAUACUAGUUAGUUAUCAACAAAUUGUAUUCUGUUAAAUCCGAUAGUUAUUUUAUAUGUAGUUUUUAUUUGUAGUCUGUAGUCGAUUAAACCAGACAAUAAAACGCUUCUAUUUUGAAAAACGAGCGAUGUUGAUAGUAAAAUAAAGUUUGUUUCUAAGUUU